AUGAUCUAUAUCAAUAAUGUUCGGCUAACGAAAGAAGAGCUACUGGAGAUGAAUCAAACAUCUGUGGCCUUGGGUGACGGCGGCUAUCUUGCCAUGCCUACUGUCUAUCAUGAACUUCACUGUUUGAAGCAGAUAAGAUGGGCCUAUCACCGUGAUGAAUAUAUGGACAACUGGUCAAAGCAAGAUCUCGUGGAUCUGAAUGCACAUGUUGAUCUAGAGCACUGCAUUGAUAUUCUUCGCCAAACUGUCAUGUGCCGAGCAGACACCUCGAUGAUUACUUACUGGUGGACUGAUGUCAGCCGAGUACCCGAAACGGACUUUUUCGGUUACCAUCAAUGCGUCAAUUGGGAUCACUUGCAGGAAUGGUUUAAGAACCGCUAUGUCAAUAUCUAUGAGACUGGUCAAACUUAUCCUGGUGGUCACAGACUUGUCGAAGAUGACCAAGGUCGCGUUCCUGAAACGCUUCCGUUUGUUCCAUAUCAGGGCACUAAGCAUUUCGGCUGAUUCUGUACGACCAAGUAGGCCAUAGUAGCCUCUUAAUUUCAGGUUUGUCCAAUCCGGAAGACAUAUUAGCACUCAUUCGUGGUUCAGUUUAUACUUCUAUUGAGUCCUACAAGACCUCCUGUUGAAUUGCCAUUUGCUUGCUGUCCAGAACAUUUCUCAGCUUUUGAAUGGUACAGUGGUCAUAUAGUAGUAUAGAGCAUCACGCG